ACAACAUAACCAUCAAGGCCUCUGACGAGAUUCAGGAUGCAGUUAUCUAUGGAAAGGCUAAGCACAUCAAAAAGUCACUUUCAGUUAUGCACAAGGCAGUCAUCUCAGAGAUAGCCAAACGCAAAGAUAAAGGAAUAACACAGUAUGCAUUGGGAACACUACUUAAUCAGGACGCAAAAAAAAUAUUUCAUUAUCUGAAAAAGUUUGAACAAGAAGGCAUCAUUGUCAAAAGAGAUGCUUAUGCUAAAGGCAUGAAUACAAACAUUCUCUAUUUGAAACGAUUUGCCCCUCGAUCAGGUCAAAUAGAACCAGAUAAAGAAGAUAUAGGAUUCUCUGAUGUGAUUUGCACAUAUGAUGAAUUUAGAUCGAAAUUAUUGAACGAACUAAAUAAUGCAAAGAAUAAUAUGAUGUCUCUCUCUGAUAUUGUUGAUACCCUUGUAGGAUUACUUCUUUUAUAUUUAUUUCUGUUGACUUACGGAUGCUUAAUAGGGAUUUAAAACAGAAUAUCAAAAGAGAUGGGCACGCAUACGAAUUUCUUAUCUGCAUGAUCAUGGUGAAGUUGAAAAGUUUCAUGCUUUUGAUGGUAAAAAAUUGAGAGCUGCUGUACGAUUAUGUAAGAAGGAGACGAAAAGUGCAGACA